AUGAUUUCAGCUGCAGCACAGACAAGCACGUUAGUAGUGCUUGGACUAAAGUCAGAGGGCAUUAAAGAGCAGAUGGAGGAGCUUAACAGAUUGGCAGAAGGGGACUAUUUUACAGAUGAAACCUUCUUCAUUAAGGACACGACUGGGCUAUGUCUCUGCGGGAAUGCAAAGCUAGUUGGUGAGCUAGUGAAAAGAUUGAAUAAGAUAAAUCUAAAUGGGGAGUGCUUGCAUGCUCUUUCUUUAACAAGGUAUAUGGCCAUGUAUAACAUAGGAAAGCUAUCUGUGGGAAAAGAGCAGGUGUAUAAACCAGCAGUUAAAAAAAUAAUAGGAGAGGAGGAAAUAGAUAUGUGGAGAGCAGAAGCACUUGGUGAGCAGUUUUUAAUAUACAAUGAAGACACUCUUUCUAACUACCAGUUGUCUAAAAUGUUUCCAUGCAAGCUGAUUAAAUCCAAACCAAUUAAAGAAAUGGAAAUAACGGUAAAGGAUGAGCUGAUAUUUGCACAAAAGCAGAAGAAUUUGUUUGUGUAUGGUGGGUAUUUAGACCUACUGGAUGGGUUUGUGCUGGACGACAUUAUAUCACACUAUACUCUAGGGAAGCAUAUAGUCAUUGGGUGCCAAAUAGACCCAAACCAACAGCUUUGGAGCAUAUAUAAUAUAUACAGCAAAAAAAACAUAAAAGAAGUAAUGAUUGGAAAUGAGGAGGCAUUUUCAGUAUCUGCCGGGAUGACUCAUUAUAUGAUAUCCAAUGAAAAAGGUGUGCAGGUGCGGCAGAUGGAGAGCGACGAGCUCAUAUAUCCAGAGUACUUUAAUAUUGAAAAUGAAAAGACAGAGGGAUUUAUGUCAGAUAAGGACAACGUGGUUCUAAUAGCAAAGAAGACCUCUAUAAGCACCCAGAUAAUUCUGCACAGCUUAGAUUCAGGAAGAGUAAUACGAAAAAGAGUUUUCACUAACAUAGAAAGCUAUUCCGUGGCAUUUGCGCCUGGAGAGGUAUCCAUUGUUAGUGUACGAAUGAUAGUAGACAAGGUAGGGCACUUUAUAGAGAUAUGGAAUGUGGAUGGGAAGAUAGUGAUGUCAAAGGCUUUGGGAGAGAAUGUUAAGAAUGUAUAUCCCAGCAAGCACACUGUUGUGGUGCAGACACCCACAUCUGCUAAGAUACUGAAGAGAGUACAGAAUAUACUAGUAGAAGGGACCGUGGUUAGAGAGCCCAUUUCAAAGAUAGUGGCUGGGGAGAUAACUCUUUUGCUUAUAGACUCUGGAGACAUAUGCGUUAUUGGAAAGGACGGGGAAAUACUCAAUAGAGUCCUGGAAACUGGAGCAUCAGAUAUUCAGAUGUCGCCAUUUGGUUUAUAUAUUUCUCUUCUCUCAAGCGAGCAGGUUAGAAUACUUGACAUAUGCGGAAAAGAAGUAUUUGCAUCAAACAUAAAAAGGAACAAUGGAUUUUUCUGGAGAACGGUGGUCAGUUCAUCAGAAGAGGUGAUUUUGAAUGAAGAAGAGAUACAGAAGUACAAGACAGAGGAUAGUCUCAGAAGAAAAGAAGCAAGAAAGCAGUUUAUGCGGGAUAAUGAAGAGAAGAUAAAGGAGUGGAGAAUGUUCUUACAUGAAAUGAAAAGAUUUAAGUCAUUGAAUGCACAGAUACACAGUUAACCUAAAAAUAAAUAACCCUA